UGGUUUGUCUCCACCCUUCCCAGGCCGACGAGGAGCCUGAGUCAGCCUGGCCAUUAGCUUUCAGUUUCGUUUCUUCCGGUUCAGAGCCGAUAGUCUUGCAAGCAGAUAAGCUGCAGGCUGGAUCAUUUCACAGGCGGAGGGAAGCCGGCCAGGCGGAUUUGCUGGAGCUUGUUGGUGGGAGCGGAGGCGAGGAAACGACCACCAUGCCUAAACGCACCGUAAGGGAGAAUAAAGAGAUCGGAGAGCGGUUCCUGCAGUUCCUAAAGGAAUCUGGCAAGGAAAAAGUGAGCAACAAAAAAGAGCUGACGGCGAUCUACAAUCAGGAGUUUCGGUACAGAGAGGAUGUUAGAGGACCUAACUUCUCGGCUGUUCUCUAUGCACUCUGGCGCUUUGGCCUUGCUGGGUUCCAUCGGGACUCUGUGAUGUUUGGAAGGGUAAAGAAAAAAGUAAAGUUUACUGAUCAGUACUGGAGACCAAGCUAUGAUGCUGGAGAUCAGCCUGACCAGGACCAAAGCCCAGGUGCUGCCCCACCUCCUCGCAGGUCACGUGCUAAGGACAGAGCCGAAUUGGUCUCCAAGAAGCAUGGAGUGGACAUUGUUUCGAGUUGUGAUGGGGAGAAUGGUAAAAUCAGUUUGCAUGUGUCUCCAAAUGAAGUAAAGAAUAUUGUAAUAGAGGUACAAAAUAAUGGAGAAAAUGAAGUGACGCUGUCGAGUUUCAGAAAACUACGUGGACGUCGUGAAUUUAUCUUUACUUAUAAACAGCCACCUGUGAAAUUACAGCCAGGAGAAACGUAUGAGAUCCGAGUGCGCUGUCAGACAAAGGACUACGGAUACUUUCCUGUCACCAUGAUGUUUGAUUUUGAUAGUGCGCAGACUGGACGCUUCAUCAUUGGACGUUUCAUGUCUGCUGUUGCUCACAGUAAAUUAGAAGAACAGCUGGCUCCCUCAGCACCUUACAAGCCAUACCAAGCCAAACUGCACAAGCCACAGGAAGUUGAGAUAGUGGAAGGCAUUGCACCAAAAAACACUUUGAACUAUGACCUUAAGCAAAACAUACCUCUGCAGCACUACAACUACCCACGAGACCUGAAGUAUCAGGUAGAAUGCAUGAAUAAAGGUGACGCACCCAAAGAUGGCACCCAUGAGAAGAUUGCACAGCUCCGGAGCGACCUGAAAGCUGCCUUGCAGUUUGACAACUACAGUAAGAAGUUUCAUCUGCUCCUUUACUUAGAGGAGAUCCAGAUGGAGGUGGACAUUCAUCGAUACGAUCAGUCCGAUGUUUGCAUGGAAGCAGACAAGAAUAGUCCGUUUCUUGUCCUGACGGCACCUGGUGUGGCCGAGAACCGCCCAUCAGUCCUGAGAGGUGAUCAUAUUUUAGUAACAUUGGCUGAAGAGCGCAAUCGGCACCCGAUUGUCCAAUACAAGGGCUAUGUCCAUGCUGUGGAAUGGGAUAAACUCAAGCUGGGCUUCUCUGAAAGGUUGACAUCUCGCUUCAUCAAUAAAAUGAAGUUUGAUGUGAACUUCACCUUCUGUCGUCUGCCGUUACGAGUCCAGCAUCGUGCCGUUGACCUUGCCCAAGAGAGGAAACUUCAGAACCUGCUAUUCCCAACUUUCUCACUGGGACAUUCUCUACUCACUGCCGGUCAGCUGCUCAGAUUACAUGACCGGAAUCUGGAGAGCAACCAAGAGCAGGUGAAAGCUGUCCAUCAGGUGGUAGCAGGCAUCUCCAGACCAGCCCCGUACCUUAUAUUUGGGCCACCAGGUACGGGCAAGACAGUCACUAUGGUGGAAGCCAUUAAGCAGGUACUAAAGCAUGUUGAGGGUUCCCACGUGCUUGCCUGCGCCCCCUCCAACAGUGCCUCUGACCUGCUCUGUCAGCUCCUCCUGAAACAUGUGGACAGCAGGAAGAUCUACAGGAUGAAUGCUAGCAGCAGGGAUUACCACACCAUCCCUGAGGAUAUCAAGCAUGUCUGUAACUGGGACAAGAAACUGGAUUCUCCCGUCUUUCCUAGCAGGGAGAUUCUAGAAAACUACGGAGUGAUCAUCACCACCCUGAUAACAGCAGGAAGGGUGGUCUAUGCUCAGUUCCCUCCGGGACACUUUACUCACGUCUUCAUCGAUGAGAGUGGUCAUGCUGAGGAACCUCAGAGCCUGAUUGCCAUUGCAGGCAUCCUAGCCAUGAUGGACCCAAGGACUAAUGCUAAAGGAGGUCAGCUGGUUUUGGCAGGUGAUCCCCAGCAACUGGGACCAAUCCUGAGGUCUCCUCUGGCUAAGGAGCAUGGCUUAGGACUUUCCCUGCUGGAGCGGCUGAUGCAUGAAAACUCACUGUACGAAAAGAAGGAUGGGAGCUACAAUCCACAGUUUGUCACUAAGCUGCUGCGUAACUACAGGUCCCAUGCUGCCAUCCUCAAGUUCCCCAAUGAUAAGUUCUAUGAUGGGGAGCUGCAGGAGCAUGGCGACCCCCUCAUCACUGAGUCCUACUGCAAAUGGAAGGAGCUGGUGAAGCAGGGGUUUCCCAUCAUCUUUCACGGAGUCUGCGGGGAAGACCAGCGUGAAGGGAACAGCCCUUCGUUUUUCAACACGGCCGAGGUUAAAGUGCUGACUGACUACCUCAAAAAACUGCUCCUGGAGGAGCAGGGCAAGAAAGGCAUGUCUCGCAUUUCCUCCAAAGACAUUGGAGUCAUCACUCCAUACAGGAAGCAGGUGGAGAAGAUAAGAAAAGCCAUUGGUCUGGAACUAAAGGGUGUGAAUGAUAUCAAGGAACUAAAGGUUGGCUGUGUUGAAGAGUUCCAGGGCCAGGAGCGGCGUGUGGUGCUCAUCUCAACAGUGCGCAGCAGCAGCAAUUACUUCAAUAUAGAUGAGGAGUUCAGUAUAGGCUUCCUUCAGAACCCCAAGCGCUUCAAUGUGGCCAUUACAAGAGCCAAGGCACUCUUGAUUAUUGUAGGAAAUCCGGCUACUCUCAUGAAGGAUCAAUGCUGGAGCGAGUUUCUCAAGUAUUGCAAGGACAAUAAUGCAUGCCGAGGAUAUUGGUAUGAGGCAGAAGAGAAUGAAGAGGAUGACGUGCUGGUAGAACUCGCUUCUCUCUCCUUGAAUGAGCAGCCAGAAGGCAACAGUUCUGGUGUGAGUCACCUCCAGCAGCAAGCGGACCCAGAAUGGCCACAUGAGCGCUGAGGACCUGUACUGUCUUAAAUCUUGGUACUGCUACUGCAGCCUGCAUUCUUGAAUAAGUUAUUUCUCCUGUUUACAUACUGAAAAAGCAGAUGAUGGCCCAGCUAUAAAUGAAUCAUGUUUGAGCUCCCUAUUACUAUUUAUCUCAGGGGGUUAAAGCCAGAAUUUUAUAAAGAAAUCCUACUUGUGCAAGAGGGAAUGCAGUGUGCAGUUACCUGCAUCCACCUAAUGCAGUGCAAAUUCACUUUCUUGUUGUGCAAGACUUCUCUGCAUUCCUUCCUUUUGUGUCCAGCGGUAUAUGAGAAAAGACUGGUAUUAGUUUGAAACGCAGAUGUGCUGGAUUAUAAAGCAAUCAGAAAUAAGAAAAGACUGGGGAAUGGCACUGAGUGCAGAGGCUUAACCUCUCCUUUUGAAACUGGCAGGAGGAAACCCCCCCCCUCCCUUUUUGCGGUUCAGAGACUGACAGCUAGAUUUCUAUUUCGAGCUGCAUUUAAAGUUUAUCAUGAAAUAGUUUUGGGGGGACCAGGGGGAAGAUGAACCUUAACUCUUAAGCCCUUCCCAUUUCCAAGACUGUAUCAGAUUUUAUCAGGUGUUUUUUCUACUGGAUUGUCAUUAAAGCUUCUAGAAUUUA